AUGGUCUACGAAUUAACUUACUUUAACAUUCCAGGUAGAGCUGAAGCAAUCAAACUCAUUGCCGAAGUUGGAGGUGUUCCCUACACUUUCAAGCCAGUCAGCUUCCAAGAGUGGCCACAAUUAAAGCAACAAACCAAGUAUGGCCAACUCCCCUUCUUAAAGUCAUCUGACAAUCCAGACUUCGAGUUGUGCCAAUCGAUCGCAAUCGCUCGAUUCGUCGCUCGUGAAGGUAAUUUGUAUCCAUCCUCCAACAUUGAUGCAUCAUUCUCUGAUGAAUAUGUCAACACCAUCAAGGAUUUGAAUGAUGCUUACUUCAAGGCAUUCUUCAGUCCAAACAAGGAUGAAGAUCUAAAGAAAUACUACGAAGGACCAUUCGUUCAGAUUUUGAAGGCUCUCGAAAAGGAAGUCAAACCAUCCGGAUAUCUUGUUGGCGACUCUCUUACUUGGGCAGAUUUGUUCUUGUUCGAUUUGUUGUCUGGUAUUGGAAAGGGUCAAGAUUUGACCGCUUAUCCAAAGCUUGCUGCCUUGAAGGAAACUGUCGCAAAGAAUCCAAAGGUAGCUCAGUAUUAUGAAUCCGACAGAAACUUGAGAAAGUAA